AUGCAGACUGACGGUAACCAAAACUCCAGUUCUGGCGUAAGCCCGGAGGAUUAUGAAAUUGCGGACCUCCUUCUCCAGACUGUCGAUGCCAAAAUUUCCAAAUCAAAGGAGCUGCGAAAAUACGUGCUUCUCAAUCAGCUCCGACGCAAAGCCCUGAGCUACAUCAUCCGACUUUUUAUCACCAAUUCUCAUCGGAGGGCGGCCUUGGAAGCCGCUGUGCUGUGA